GGUGAAUAGGUGAAUAGAGGUCAAUGAGAUAGUUUUAGAUAUUAUAUAAGUACUACAUUCAUCGCCCCAAACGAAAUACCUGUGUUGGUGGUAGUUAUUGAAAAUCAACAUACGUAUACGAAAUAUUUCCAAAGCAAACUAACUAAUUUUCUACUCUGUGCACAGAAUUAUUGCAAAAAACAGAAUUCAGCCUUACCACAUUCAAUUGUACCAAGAAUUAAUUCAGGAAGAUUCUGAAAAGAGAAUAUUAUUUUGUGAAUGGGUCUUAGAUAAAAUUAAUUGGCAGGGAGAUUUCUUUAUUUCGAUAAUGUACUAUUUGGAGAUGAAGCUACAUGGAUAACUAGAUCAAUGGCAGAAGAAAUAGGAAGGGAAGAGGUGUUAAAGAGAACGCUUUUUGAACUAUUAAUCUAUGUAAUAUUUACAAUUUUUGCAACAAUAUAUAUCAUUGGAUUCAACAGUACAGCGAUGUAUUAUAUGAAUAAAGGUUUGAGAGAACAGUUUUUGGAACACGACUUCACUACCAAGAAUGAUGAAAGUAUUACAUUCGAAAAGAUUAGAACUGCAGUAGAUUUUUGGUCCUAUGUGGAAGGCCAUAUGAUCAAUAGUUUCUUUUGGGAGUCGACAUAUGGCAAUGGUGAAGCAAAGGAUUCAGAUGGUAUGAAUAUUCUUUACGAAAACAAAGUUUUGGGAGUACCAAGAAUCAGAAUGGUUAAAGUACGUAAUGACUCAUGUAUUGUCCACGAAUAUUUUCUAAGAAUGUUUCUUGAUUGUUACGACGAAUACUCAGAGGAGGCAGAAGACAAAGAAAAGUUUGGAAUAGGAACAGCCACAGGGUGGACUUACUACGACGAAACCGUAACAAAAAGUUUGAAAUAUCGGGGUAAAAUUGCUACUUAUGGUGGAGGCGGAUUUUAUAACGAUUUUUCAGACACGAAAGUUGAAACCCAGGAAAUAAUAAAAAAUUUGAAGGAUAAUAUGUGGAUCACAAGAGGGACGAGAGCAGUAUUUGUAGAUUUUACCGUGUAUAACGCAAAUUUAAAUAUUUUUGGAGUUGCGAAGCUUGUUUUCGAGUUUCCCUCAACAGGAGGAGUCAUUCCGUCAGAUGAUAUACGGACUGUCAACCUAAUACAAUUCAAAACAACAUGGGGCAUAGUCGUUUUGAUCUGCAAAGUGUUUUCCUAUAUAUUUAUAUUAUUUUAUCUUUUGGAGGAGAUACGAGAAAUAAUGUAUUUUCGAGGAUAUUACUUUUUAAAAUUUUGGAAUUACGUGGAUCUAGCAAUUAUACUCCUAAUGCUUACUGGAUUAAUUUAUUCCAUACUCAAUAUGGUGAAAGUACCUUCUGCCGUUGAUACAAUCAAAAAAAAUCUUAAGGCGUAUGGUAACUUGGAAUAUGUGAAUUAUCUUGAAUAUAAUCGAGUCAACAUACUUGCUAUUGCCUUAUGUUUAAUAUAUUUAAAGGCGUUUAAAUUUUUAAAUUUUAACAGAACUAUGGGACAGCUAAACAAUACAUUGAAUAGGUGCGCUUGGGAUAUUCUAGGAUUUUCAAUUAUGUUUUUUAUUAUAUUUUUUGCUUAUGCCGAACUUGGAUAUUUAGUAUUUGGACAUCAGGUUGAAAACUUUAGUACUUUCUCUAUUUCAAUGUUUACUUUACUUCGAACAAUUUUGGGCGACUUCAAUUAUCCAGAAAUCGAAGAAGCUAAUAGUGUUUUAGCGCCGAUAUAUUUUAUUACCUAUAUAUUUCUAGUUUUCUUUGUAUUAUUGAAUAUGUUUUUGGCGAUUAUCAACGACACUUACUCCGAUGUUAAAACAGAAAUAGCUUUAGCACCAGACGAGCUUCAAAUGACAGAAUACAUAGGAGAAAAACUCGCCAAAUUGUUUAGAAAAUGGGGCAGUUUCAGACGAUUCUUUCCGCAGAAACUGAAAAAAGAAAUUAAGACCACCUUAAGAGAAAUCAGAGAUGUUUUAAAAAAAUGCGGUUUUACCGAUAUGGAAAUCGAAAUGUUUUUUGCGAGAUAUAACAUAGAUCCUCUUACGCAUAUCAAGAUAAAGGAUUCUGAACAGUUUCUCCAAGAAUUAAAAACAAUUUUAAGUUCUGAAAGGAAUGAUGGUGUACAUUUGGAGGAUUUUAUAAGCCAACAAGAAAAACUACAACAAGUCGAAAAUGCAAUCGGUCGACUGGUUGAUCAAGUAAGAACAUUAUUAUACAGAUUAGAAAUGAUGGAAAACGUAAUUAAGGAAAGGAGGCGUUAACAAAGAAAAUUCAUAAAAUGUAACAUUGUAUUUAUUUAUAAUAAGUGAUUUUUUUAUAAUAUAUAAUACAAACAGAAACUAUAUACAAAUAUUUUUCUAAUUGAACAGAUUUAUAAAACGUUUUCAGUCAAGAAAUUCUUAAAAAUAAUAACAAAUUAGGUAUUAAUUUUAUAAAUCUGUCUUACUUAUACAGAGUGGUCCAUAAAUAAUUAAAUGGUAAAGAAAGUGUUAUACUUUAUUUAUUAUUUUCCUUGAAUACGAUAUGUUGCUUGAUUCUCUCCGAGAGGGCGUUUCUGUAACUUGUUUUUAAGAGUCCUGUGGUAAAUACAGAAAUCUUAAAUCUAACAGAAAAUUCAACAGAUUCCAAUAAAAUGUCAUAUGAAGCUGAACUGCAUAAGAGAAUUGUAUCAUCUCUUCUCUACUACUACAUGGUGGCCCUUUCGCCUAACAGCUGAAGAUAAAUUUAAAUAUUUAAUAUGCGCGCUGUAUAUUGUUUACCGCUAUACAUGAUUUGUAGGUGUGAUGUGCAUACAAAGACUUGAAAUAAACAAAAAAAAAAGAAACGAAUCCGCAUAAAUAUGGUACUUAAAUUCAGAAGAUUCUAUAAGGAUGUUAACACCAACAAAAAAGAAUUCAAGGAACAGAUGGGUUGAAUAUUUUAGUCAGACAAUUAAUAUAGAUGAGAAAGAAAACCUUGUAAGAUGAAAGAGAUGAGGCAAGAAUAACAGAAAAAAACAGAAGAGAGGUAAGAGGAACUAUCAACGACUAUUGAAAUGAAAGAGGCCAGAAACCACCCGGAAUAGACAUUCUGCCGGCAAAUUAUAGAAAUAUGGUCGCAAAGAUAAUAUUGAUAAUAUAAAAUAUAUAAAAUAUUUGCACCAUAUAAUAAAAGACGAUUUCUUCGAUUACAAAUUCUGGCCAUAUACAAAUUUCAAAAUCUAUCCCAAAAAUAAUGAGAAAACACUAUGUAAACUGUCAAUAAACAUAGAUGAAACUUAAUAUAUGGUGACCGGUAAAGAGGAUAUCAGCCCAACCCAACCCAUUUUGUAUGGAUGUGGAACUUCGACUUUGAACAUCGAUACCAUGAAUAAAGUCAAUUUAUAUACUCAAAAUAGCAUGGACCAGCAGAACCAGAAACGAAGUA